CACUUUGCCAACCAUCUCACUCCCCUCGUCAUGGCACCACCAGCAGCGUCAGCCUCGUCGUCCGCUGCUGGUGCGGCGGACGCUACAAUGAAGAAGGUGAAAGUCAAGAAGAAGGCGCAGAAGGAAUGGUGGGAGUCAAGCGACGAAGACGAAGAGAGCAGCGAUGAGGAAGCCCCAGACUACGACGAGAACUCGCCUCUUCGGCUCAUCGAUACGCUCAGCACUCAAGAUAUCGCCAGGCUCGCCUCGGUCAACGGCCUCUCCGACCUCUACGAGAUUCUUCCCUCUCCUCGUCCCGACGCGAAUCUCAGUAAAUAUCCGCCGGCGGUCGCCGCCUUCAUGGCCAACCUUGUCGACUGCGCUGAGCCGCUCGCCAACCUACGCACCACGCUUCAUCCUUAUCAGCGCAGGACGCUCGCCGUCAUGCUUCAGCGCGAGUAUGCACCUGAUGGACUGCAAGGAGGUAUACUCGCCGAGGAGAUGGGGACGGGCAAGACCGUCGAAUGCCUUUCGCUCAUAUCUGCCACGAGGGGAAGCAUCCCAGACGUACCACCCGAGGACAGCUUCGGCACGCCUGAAGGCCACAUCACCAUCAAGAUCCAGUCGGCAACUUCGCGAUCACUUCGAGACAUGUGCAUUCGCAGGAUUCGCCUCAAUAGGGGUACCUCGAUGCUGGCGGGGCAGGAAGAGCUGCCCGAUCAUCUCUUCAGACAACUCUGGCAGGCUCGUCCUUACUUCCAGCGCUUCCUCCCUUACACGGCACGCUCCGAAUUCUCGCGCAAUCCGAUUCGAGAGCCUCAAGCUACGACAGUCUUCCUCUCGUGCGCCACUCUCGUCAUUACGCCCGCGACGCUACAGAGCCAUUGGACUGGAGAGAUCGACAAGCAUAUCCUCUCGCUCCGCGUCCUUGUCGUCGGACAGUCAGACGUCAUCCCGCCACCUGAGCUACUGGCUUCCGACUGGGACGUCGUCCUCAUGAGCUUCGAACGCUUCGCCAAAGAGGCAGACGUCGUCUUGUCUCAGCUUGCCCGCCUGCGUUGGCGUCGCCUUGUCGUCGACGAGGGCAACAAGCUGUCUGGCUCAUCCCGCCUCGUUGAUCUAGCCACCACGCAGCUCCAGUUCCAAAGCAGGUGGAUGGUCUCCGGCACGCCUGCCGAAGCCCUCAUAGGCACGGGCAGCACGAAUUGGUCCGCUGUCGAGCAAGCAGCCAGCACCUCACCCAGCGAGUCACCUCCUCCCGCCGCUAUCAUCCGUCGCCCCUGGACCAAGGACGAGAAGAAGGACAUAGACGAGCGCCUCUUUCGCCUCAUCGCCAACUUUCUACGCACUCCACCCUUCUACGACAUCGAUCUAGUAGCAUACGGGCACGAACCCCUCUUCUGGGCCAAGCAGCGCUGGUCUGAAUUCGUCUCCAAGCCCCUGUUUCCCGACAAGAACAUCCCACCAACCGAUGAGGGGAUCAAGCUUCUCUUCGCCAUCUUGUGCAAGACGAUGGUGCGCAAUCAGCCGGCAGACGUCGCGAAAGAUCGUCCCCUCCCCCCCUUGCACCGCCAUUAUGUUCCCGUCCACUUGUCAGAGCCAGAGCGCAAAAGCUACAACGUCCUGCAAGCGCUCAUUGCGGCAAACGCGGCCCUCUCUGAGCGCGAAGGGGAAGAUUACUUUUUCCAUCCGUCCAACCGCAAGUGGCUCAUUCAAAUCAUCAGCAAUCUCUCUCUCGCCUGCUUGCACUUUGCUCCGCCCGAUCGAGUGGCCCAAGCUCGCGACGCCAUCCAGCUGCUCUCAAGACGUUUGGAGGAUGAGAAGUGGAAGGGCAGCAAAGAGCUAGAGGAGGCGCUUGCCCAGCUGCAGGCCGCUGUAGACGACAGGGAGUGGGCGAGGCAGGGCGCUGACGUGGCGUACAAGAUCGAGGGGCUGAGCAAGGAGAUUGUCAACGCCUGGACAUGGCGUCAAGUACCCGGGAGCGAUCGUCUUGCCGCCUCUGACGUUUUGCGAGCACAGAAGGCUUUUGGCGAGGUGGUCACGGAUCACCGCGACUCCGCGCUGGACGACCUCGACGAGCUGAUCCAGGAGGAGAUGAUCACGCGCGGCGUACAAGAGCGCCACAAGUUCAUCGCAGACGAGCAGUCCCGCCGAGCUUCGGAGGAGGAGGUGCGCAAGAUUCGCGAAGAGUAUGAGAAGGACGGGUAUAUCUUUUCAGGGGAUCAGACGUUGAAGUACUCGGCGAAGCACGUGCAUGCGCAGCCCAACAAGAGCAAGAAGGAUAUGGAGGUCAAUGCGAAGUUGAGGUUGUUGGGGAGCGCCGCUGCUUCGUCCCUGGACGAUCAUGUGCUUCAUAACAAGCACAAGAGCAGCAAAGCCGCGACUACUACGGCGUCCACUGGAGAUCAUGAGGAGGACCCUCUUCCGCCCUGGCUGCGCCUCCCCGCCACCUCCCCCUUCCUCAACACCCGCAUCACCUCCCUCUCCUCCACCAAGCUCCUCGCCCUCAUCUCUAUGCUGGGCACCCACUCCGCCCCGACCCUCAUCUUCUCCUCACAGGACAACUCCCUCUACGAAAUCUCCGCCUGCCUCGACGUCCUAUCCCUCAACGAUGCGCGUUUCCGGCAUCGCAUCUUCACCUCGGGGGUGAAGCAGGCUACACUGGACCGGUACGUGGCCAUGUUCAAGAGCGGGGAGCUGGACAUCCUCCUCAUCAAGACAGACAAAGGCAGUAAAGGUCUAGAUCUGUAUCGCGCCACGCGCGUCGUCUUUGUCGAGCCGGAGGGCACGCCCAGCGUAGAGCGACAGGCGAUCAAGCGUGCCUGGCGACAGGGUCAGGAGAGGGCAGUGGACGUGUACUAUCUCUACGCGGUGGGCACGUUUGAGGAGCGCAUCACCAACAUGAUGCGCGAUAAGCUGCACAGCCGUGGUGGAGCCUCUUCGGGGGAUUCGAUUGUCAGAACUACCCAGCAGGUUGCGCCGGGAGAUGGAGGCGUGGUGAGCUUGUUGGCCGACCCGGUCAUGAGGGACUUUGUGGCUUAUCCCAAGUAUAUACCUGCCGCGAGUAAGGAGGAAACCAAGGAGCGGGAGGGCGGGGCGAGGUUGAGCUUUGGACUCUUCGCGCCUGCAGAGCUGGAGGCGAGGGAGGAGGGGAGAAGGAGGGCUGAGAGAGUGCGUCAGGAGCAGAGGGAUAGGGCUAUGGCUGAGGCGUUGGAGGAGAAGGUGAAGACGGAGGAGAAUGGCGAGUCGGCGGUGUCGGGCCUCAUGGAUGAGGCUGAAAGCGCAAGCGGUGGGAGCAGCGCGAUCCGUAUCAAGGAGGAGCCACGGGAUGAUGAUGUGGACCUGUCCGUUGUUGGCGAGGAGCAGGACGGGACCAGUAGCAGUACCAGCAGGGAUCACAGGACCAAGCGCAAGAUCUCGCCCAACAAGGAGAAACUUGGCUUCCUGCCCAUAUCGAAGAAAGCGGCAACAUCGUCAAGCACGGGUCUUGGCUCGAAGGCCAAGAGCAAGACCAAUGGCAAUGCGAAGGCGAUUAGCUAAGGGCGGGCGCUUAAUAGACGACACAGAACAGCACGGCGAGGCAUACACGAGCAGACCAUUACGACAGCAAGACCACGAAUACGCUAGUCGCCUGGACGAGGCGA